AUGUCCACCUCUAUACCGAAGAAACUCAGGAUAGGAUAUGUUCCUGAACAUUUCUCAUCACCUUUAUUACAACUAAUCAAAUCAGAUCAUGACUUCGCAUCAACAAUAGAGUUAAUCCCGAACCCUAGUGGAACAGGACAGAUGAUCAAAUCCUUCCAAGAUUGUCAAAUCGAUGUGGCUAUAGCUCUUACUGAGUCUUUGAUCGCUGGGAUUAUCCUUGGGCCGACAUCACGGGCUCAUAGAUUGGGCAUCAGUCGGCUUGGCUCUGGAUCACAAGUCAUGGCUUCGGUCAUGGCCUUACAACGUGGUUGGUUGGAAGAUGGAGCUAAGCCGAUCGAAUUUGUUGUCAAUGAUACUUUCAAAAACUUAAGAGACUCUGUCAAUGAUGGAUCGACUGCGGCUUUCAUGUGGGAAUGGUUUACCACUAAGCCAUUCCAAGAUUCUGGUGAAGUUAAGUUUAUUGGAAACGUCCCUACUCCAUGGGAGUCUUGGGUCAUUGUUGCUUCACCUCAGGAACGUAAUCCCGAGGUCUUGGCUCCGGCCAGGUUAAAAGAAUUCUUAGAAAAACUAGACCAUUUCACCCAUCGAUUUGGAAUUGGGAAAGGAGUUCGAGAAGCUGACCACGUGGAGUUUGUAAAGAAUACAUUUCACCAAGCAGAAGAAGAUGUGAAGGAGUGGAUGAAAGGAGUCAGUUACCCGGAAAAAUGUUCACAAGUUUCACUUGAAACGGUCAAGGAAACUAUCAAGUGA